UCCAAGUUCCAAGCAUCUAACCCAAACUUGUCUCGACUCCCAAAUGCAUUAGCGCGCUCAUAACGGCUCGCUCGGUGAUCAAGCACACAUCCCCCGUUCUCUUUUUAGACGACGAAAAACGAAUUUCCGAAGGCUCAUACUGACAUACCCUUCGGAUAUUUAUCACGCGAUCGUAGGCUAGGGUUGCCAUUUGCCCCCGGGAAUGGAAACCCAGUUGAUACUCGAGGAGCUGCUUCACGUAGAGGUUGAGAUUCAAGACGUCCAAGACCAUAUAAACAGGUUACUUGAGCGGCAAGAGAAGCUGUAUGAAAGACAGACUGAAUUGAAAGCCUUGUUGGAAGCAUGUGAAGGAUCAGGAGACCCUGUUGCAGAUGGUGCUUCAGCUACUGUUGAAAACUGGUCUGGACCAUUUGAGUGGGAUUCUAAAGCUGAUGAUGUUCGGUUCAAUGUUUUUGGCAUACCCACAUAUCGUGAAAAUCAGAGGGAGAUCAUUAAUGCAAUCAUGAGUGGAAGAGAUGUUGUAGUGAUUAUGGCUGCAGGCGGUGGCAAAAGCCUGUGUUACCAGCUUCCAGCUGUUCUUCAUGAUGGAGUUGCUCUUGUUGUCAGUCCUUUACUUUCUUUAAUUCAGGACCAGGUGAUGGGUUUGACUGCUUUAGGCAUUCCAGCGUAUAUGUUGACAUCAACUACUAGUAAGGAAGAUGAGAAGUUCAUAUACAGGGCUCUUGAAAAAGGUGAAGAAAAUCUCAAAAUAUUGUAUGUCACACCAGAAAAGAUAUCAAAGAGCAAGAGAUUUAUGUCAAAACUUGAGAAGUGCCAUCAUGCUGGUCGUCUCUCUCUAAUCUCAAUUGAUGAGGCACAUUGUUGUAGUCAGUGGGGUCAUGACUUUCGACCCGACUACAAGAAUCUUGGUAUCCUCAAGACUCAGUUUCCUAAUGUUCCUGUGGUUGCUUUGACUGCAACUGCAACACAGAAGGUCCAAACUGAUCUGAUGGAGAUGCUGCACAUCUCAAGAUGUGUUAAAUUUGUCAGCACAGUCAACAGGCCAAAUCUCUUUUAUAUGGUGCGCGAGAAGUCAUCAGUUAGUAAGGUGGUUAUUGAUGAAAUUGCUGAAUUCAUUCAAGAAUCUUAUCCAAAUAAUGAAUCUGGGAUAGUUUAUUGCUUUACUAGAAAGGAAUGUGAACAGGUGGCAAAGGAGUUACGAGAGAGAGGAAUUUCAGCUGACUAUUAUCACGCAGAUAUGGAUGUAAAUGCUCGUGAACGAGUACAUAUGCGGUGGAGCAACAACAAAUUGCAAGUUAUUGUUGGUACGGUAGCAUUUGGUAUGGGAAUCAACAAACCAGAUGUCAGGUUUGUCAUCCAUCACAGCUUGAGUAAAUCAAUGGAGACAUACUACCAGGAAAGUGGUCGAGCUGGACGAGAUGGUCUACCUUCUGAAUGCCUGCUCUACUUCAGACCAGCUGAUGUUUCUAGGCAGAGUUCCAUGGUCUUCUAUGAGAACUCCGGUUUGCAGAAUCUCUAUGACAUAGUACGAUAUUGUCAGUCUAAAAGACAGUGCCGCCGGACUGCCUUUUUUCGGCAUUUUUCUGAGCCAUUACAGGAUUGCAAUGGGAUGUGUGACAAUUGUGCAUUCUCAAGUGAAGUUAAGGAAGUGGACGUCACUCGCCAUGCACAACUUAUGGUUUCUUUGCUACAAGAUAUGCAAGAGAAUGAUCAGAGAUUGACAAUGUUGCAAUUAGUAGACAAAAUGAAAGUAAAGCACAAGGAACUAGGUUCUGAAUUGAAGAGAGAGGAAAGUGAACAACUUGUCAUACAGCUUAUAGUGCAUCGUAUAUUGAAAGAAGAAUUUCAGCAUACAGCUUAUGCCACUAAUGCUUACGUAACAGUUGGGCCAUUUGCCAACCAAGUAUUACAGGGAAGGAAAAGUGUGCAUCUUGAAAUUUCUAGCAGAGAGAAGAAUAUGGCUGGUCUGAAAUCAGCCAAACACAGCCCGUCAUCUUCUAUUUUGGAGUUUAAGCUUGAUGAGCUGCGAAAAGAAUUGUCUUCAAUCCAGGGGGGAAUAUUCCCCCAUUCUAUCUUGUCUACUCAACAAAUUGGCAUGAUAAGUUCCCAGAAGCCAAAUUCAAUGAAACAGUUGGAGAAAAUCAUCGGAAAAUUGAAGACAGAGAAGUAUGGAAGUAGAAUUCUUGAACAAGUUGAGAAGUACUCCAAUUCUGUGCAGACUAAUGAGGUAAAGGAGGAGCAGGGAAGUCAAAAUAGAGCUAACAAACGGCUGAAAACCAAAAAGGCUCUUGUUCUUAUUGAAAGCAGCGAUGAUGAAGCGUGAGUGGAUCCGUAAAUCUAAGGGGAUUUUUGUCAUUUGCCUCGUUCCUUCACCCAGCAUUCUGGAGAGAGACGGUUGUUUACACAACUGUAUGUUUACAACUUAUAUUCUUGUACCUUUCUUGAAUAUUUAGUUGAAAAAAGAAACACUAUUAUUUAUUCAUUUUUACAUCAAAAUGAAGGACAAUUAGAGCAUUAGCCAAAACAUGGAAACAUUUUGGCUAUGGUAAAGGGUUGCAGCCAACAACUUUUUCAACCGGUGAAGGAUGAGAGCUAAGAGGCCUGGCCUGGCCUUGCCUUGCCUUGCCUUGCAAUCAUUCUGAUAACCAUGAAAGCUGGUUAAUAAGCAAGGAGGGAACAAUCAAUCACUCUCGGCUAACGAUAUCAAUUCAAAUUCCAAAGCCUGCUAAAAUAAGCAAGAAAAUUUUGAUAUUCAAACUAUAACAGCAUAUCGAUUGGUUUAUGUCCUUCCUGGUCUUUAUCGGUUGCAGCAUCUGGCUUUCUUAUGUUCAAUGACCAGAUUAGGGAGGGAAAAAGGAAAAAAAAUAGAAUGUGUGGUGUCUUGUCUCGUUGGUCGUGCAGCUCAUUGAAGGAAUGGCGUAGGAUUCCUCUCUCCCAACGGCAACAGGUGUGUUAUGGAGUCAAGACGAGGGUAUUGUAGUGGACUGUUUUGGUAUUAUCGAUGAAGAUCUCCACUUUCUUUUCCUUUGUGUCCUCGAUUGCGGAAAUCAAGAAUAUAGUUUGACUGGAUUAAGUGGUUUGAAUUGAAGGCGGGGCACCAAAAUCAUCGCCUGAUUGGUUUU